AUGAAUAUACGAGAUGUUAGCCACGUUCUUAGGGAUUUCCUCAUGAAGGAUAAGAUGAUAUCCAAUCAAUUUACCUUUAACGAAUUGUUACAUACAGUGAUUAAGACUAUCCAGCGUUCUCGCAAUGAACGAUUGAUUCUCAAUCUCGCAAGAGUCUACGAUGGCUAUAAAUUUUACCUACCUGCCUUUCUUGACUUCAGAGGGAGAAUUUAUCGCAGUGGUGUUUUGCAUUUCCACGAGUGUGAUCUAGCACGAAGCCUGAUAGUGUUUGCUAAUGAUAAUCAGGAGGAGAUAAAGUGUAAUUCUUUGAUAAGAGAUCAAGUUGAAUUAUCAACAUUCUUCCAUUUUCAGUCUUUCAACUCAAUGCUUGAAGCAGUGGAUUUUGUCAACAAUAAUAAAGACAAUCAAAACAUAACGUUGGCUAAACACCCUUUUCAGUUUGCAGCUAAUAUUUAUGCAAUCCAAAAUAACAAAUUGAAGUUUUUAAAAGACUGUGUACCUAUUACACAGGACGCAGCAUCAAGUGCAUAUCAGAUUAUGAGUUACUUUUUAUUGGAUGAGAGACUGGCAGAGAGAACAAAUCUCUUCCUAUCCCCGGAUAAUCCAAAUAAAAUACAAGAUAUUUAUUUGUACUUCCUCGAUGAGCUAAAGGAGUUCAUGAAAGCAGAACCCGAAUUUGAUCCUAAUUUAUGUUCGGUUGUUUGCGAACACCUCAAUCGGAAGAUUGUUAAAUCAAUCUUUAUGCCAAUUAUCUAUGGAAAAACAGUAAUGAGCACAUCAAUCGAUCUUACGGGACAUUUCUCUCAAUACCUUAUGAGUUGGGAAUGCUUCAAAGUUGCCUCUGUCUGCUUUAAGUUCUUCAAAGAAAAAUAUUCUGGAAUGGACUGCCUGAUAAGGUUGAUACGCCUUAUUGGAUGGGUCGUGUCUUCUAGGGAUAGUGCCGUUAAAUAUACAGUAAGUUACUUUACAAGUGUUCAGGAUUAUAUGCAAAUGGAAUCAACUUAUAUAUGGAUAUAUGACCGACUUCAUAAGAAGAGGAGGCGUGUUACUUUCAGAAUUCCUUCAGAUAAGAGAAAUUGUAGGAAGACUGAGAUCUCUACCUUCGUCAAUUUCAUCCAUCAGAAGGAUGCCUUUAUAGCAAUGAAAGUAGUUGAAAAAAUGCUGAAUUAUAAUGCUCCUAUAUACACUAUCCACGACAACUUUAUAACAACAGUUGAGAAAAGCACAUUUAUUCCACUGGCUUAUCUUGAAGUCUUUUCUAGCUUGGGCCCUCCACUUUCAAUCAUUAACAAGUUCAUCUAUAUAAAUGUUAUUGAACAUCUUAAAUGUAUAAAUUCAUUUGAUUAUGAAAAGAAUGUUAUUUCCAAGGAAUAUCUUACUGAUAUUUUAAUUAAAAAUAUUCCUGAGAAUAUAAGUAAGCAGAAACUGAGUCUUUGGCAUAAAAAGAUAAAUGAAAUAGUCACUUGUUACAGUAACUAUUUGAAAAUAGUGUGCGGUGAAAAUGAAUCAUGGAAAUCACAUGAGGAAAAGUGGAAUCAAUUUUCACAUAAAUUGAAGAAUUCUUUCUGCGUCCAUUAUUGA